UUCCCAUGUCGAGCAAUUGCAGCCAACAUGAGUUGGGAUUUGCUAACGAAAAAAUAAAGCUUGGUUAUUGUACUAUAUACCGAAAAUUGUACAGAAAUUUCUAUUUACCGAUCAGAUAUUCUCGUGUAAAAAUUUUUAAAUAGGUCGCCAAAAUGAGCGUUGAAGAGGAAGUUUUCAAAAUACAGAAGAAAAUACAAAAAAUUACGUCGAAUGAUGGUACGGGGCAAGAGCAAGCACUAGAUUUGCUAAAAGCAUUGCAAACUCUUAACAUCAAUUUGGAGAUAUUGACUAAAACACGAAUUGGCAUGACGGUCAAUGAACUGCGUAAGAGUAGCAAGGAUGAAGAAGUAAUAUCCUUGGCUAAAACACUCAUUAAAAAUUGGAAACGAUUUCUUGCUGCGCCGGGUUGUACAAAUAGUAGCUCGUCCAAAGAUUCAGCAAGUAGCAAUAACGUUUCAAAAUCAUCAUCGGCCAGUAAGUCUAGCUCAUCAUCAUCAAGUAAAGACAAAGAGAAGAGUUCAUCAUCAUCGAGCUCAUCUAAAGAUAAGAAACGAGACGAUGACAAGAAAAACAACUCGAAUGCAUCAUCUUCUUCGACAAAAGAUGACCGCCGACAAAUGCAGUCCUCAUUCCCAAAUACAGGUGGCCUGACCGAUGCGGUACGGCUCAAGUGUCGUGAAAUGCUAUGUAAUGCUCUUAAAGUAGGUGAAGUGCCUGAAGGUUGCCCAGAACCAGAAGAUAUGGCUACUGAAUUGGAAGAAGCUAUAUAUAUGGAAUUUAAAAACACCGAUAUGAAAUAUAAAAAUCGUGUACGAUCACGUGUUGCAAAUCUUAAGGAUGCGAAAAAUCCAACAUUACGUAGUAAUUACAUGUGUGGUGCGGUAACUGCACAACAAUUGGCACGCAUGACACCUGAAGAAAUGGCUAGCGAUGAAAUGAAGAAAUUACGUGAGAAAUUUGUAAAAGAAGCUAUAAAUGACGCUCAAUUAGCCACAGUACAGGGCACAAAGACCGAUCUCCUCAAAUGCGGUAAAUGUAAGAAACGCAACUGUACAUACAAUCAAUUACAAACACGAUCCUCUGAUGAACCUAUGACAACAUUUGUCAUGUGCAAUGAGUGUGGCAAUCGCUGGAAGUUCUGCUGAAAACGAAACCUGCAUAAAGGGGAAUGGAUAUUUGCUAUUUAAAAAUUUACUUAUUAAUUAAGUGUUUUAUUUUAACACAAGGUAGAAUGCUACCCAGUAUCAAUGCAGUUUGUGGAAAUUCUGUUUUUUAAUUUUUAUUAUAAAGAUACGCAAUUGAAAAAGUUUCAAUUUAAAUUAAAGUAUGAAAUUAUACAUAUUA